AGCUAUAUUGGCUCAAGGUGCCUGCCAUCCAUUCCAUUCCGCUGCUACAUUCACAACCCCCUUCUGCCUUUCACUCAGCCGAGCGAUGGCGCGCGUGAUGGCGGCAAUGCUGAUGGCGCUCGCCUUCGUGCAGGCCAGCGCCCUGGACUCGGAGGAGGAUCGCCCCAAGGGCGCCCGCAGGCGUCAGAUGGAGCGCACGCGCGCGGCGGAGCUCGACGCUGCGAUCGCCAAGUCCGGCUGCGCCGACCUCGGCGGCGAGAAGUGGUUCUCGGACGCGCACGGCGAGCUGUUCCAGGUGAAGCAGGACAAGUGCUCGAUCUCCUUCCAGCUGAAGAAGAAAAGCGGCGAGAUGUACGAGAAGAAGGGCGUCGUGCGCGGCACACGGGUGCUGGUGGAGCCGCCGUUUCCGGAGGGCCAGAUGCUUCCGAACCAGACCGUCAUGUGGGAGAGCGGCGCCCGCUGGGAGCGCAAGUGGUGAGCGCUGGGCUCGCCCGGGCGCCGCGCCUCUGGGUGAGCGCGUGGCUGGGUCGGAGGGCUUCGAUGUCCUCAGCUUGCGAUUCGGUCGGGUGGUGGUGGUGGGAAGAACACGUUGUUGCAAUACGCCCUCCAACCCAUUGGGGUAAAGCUGCGCUUCCCGUGCUUGUCCGAUCAGGUUUAGAAGGA